UGCAUCCUCACUGCCGUUCUUCACUCUCCAAUUGUGCAAUUAAGCUUCAGAUACCCCAUCAACUUUCGAAGUAAACAAACAACAUCAAAUCUUCAUAAUGGCUCCCAAAAUUGCUAUCGUCUACUACUCGAUGUACGGCCACGUCAAGACCUUGGCUGAAGCUGAGAAGAAAGGCAUUGAGGAGGCUGGUGGCUCAGCUACCUUGUUCCAGCUCCCGGAGACCCUCUCCGACGAGGUGCUCGGAAAGAUGUAUGCGCCUCCAAAGCCUUCCGACAUCCAGGUCCUCAGUGACCCAGCAACCCUGGAAGACUACGACGCUUUCCUCUUCGGUAUCCCAACGCGGUAUGGCAACUUCCCCGCCCAAUGGAAGACUUUCUGGGAUAUGACUGGUAAGCAAUGGCAAACCGGUGCCUUCACUGGAAAAUAUGCUGGUAUCUUCAUUUCCACCGGCACCAUGGGAGGUGGACAGGAGUCCACUGCCAUAGCUGCCAUGUCGACUUUGACUCACCACGGUAUCAUCUUCGUGCCUCUUGGGUACAAAUAUGCCUUUGGUCUCCUUGCCGAUUUGUCUGAAGUCCGCGGCGGCAGUCCGUGGGGAGCCGGUACGUUUUCUGCUGCCGACGGCUCUCGCCAGCCCAGCGCCAAGGAACUAGAGCUUGCCACAACCCAAGGCAAAGCCUUCUACAACACCGUCGCCAAAGCAUUCCCGUGACUACACGGCAGCGAGGGAAAACAAGAUACACCAAAGGAAGAAAUAAAGCAAACGCCAUCAUCAGCACAGAAAACUACAGAAAAUGGAUCGGCACCUAAAGCGUCAACGCAGCAAAAGAAAGAGCAAAAGGACAAAGAAGGUCCUUGUGGGUUGCCCGCAAAAUGUGUUGUUUUAUAGAUAUCCAUCAAUUUUUUAAACUUUCUUGAAUCCUAGUUCUCU